AUGCCCGCCGGCGUGCCUUGGCCCACCUACCUGAAGGCGCUGACGGCCAGCAUGCUCGCCAUGUUCGCCGGCGCCGAGGUCGUGCACAGGUACUACAGGCCUGACCUUAGCAUACCUGAAAUCCCUCCUAAGCCUGGAGAACUGAAAACAGAACUCUUGGGUCUAAAAGCAAGAUCAAGCCAAGUUCAGACUUCGGAGCAGUGA